GUGGUUGUCAGGGCCUGGCGGGAAGAAGGAAUGGGGAGUUGGGAUUUAACGGGGACAGAGCUUCAGUUUGGGAAGAUGAAAAAGUUUCCGGAGAUGGAUGGUACAGAUGGUCGCACGAUAAUAUGAAUAUACCGAAUGACAUGGAUCUGAGCUCUUAAAAACAGUUAGGAUGGUAAAUUCCAUGUUCUAUGUAUUCCACCGCAGUUUUUAGAAACUUUAAUUCAAAUUUUAAAAACAAGGCACAAAGAAGUAUAUAUUGUAUGAUUCCAUUUAUUUAAGGUACAGCAAUCAGUCUAUGGUGUUCACCAUCAGAGUAGUGGUUACUCUUGGGAGGAAAGAGGUUCUGGGGUGUGGUAAUAUUCUAUCUCUUGAUCUGGCUGUGAAAACAUGGGUGUGUACAGGGCAUGAAAUUCUCUGAGCUCUGCAUAUGCCUGUUACACUUCAGAAAAGAUUCCAAAAGUGUAGAUCAUUAGACCAACAUCAGACUACAGAGUCAGAGUCUCUAAGGAUGGGUCCUGGGGACCCUGCAUCUUAAUCCCCCCUCCCUCUUCCAAGUUUUUCUUAGGAACAUUGGACUUGGGGAAUCUUUGCUAAAGGAAAGGGAUUAGGGAACCAUUCUCCCGUUCUGCCCUUACAACAAAUCCUCCAUCGGAAAAACAUUUUUUGAUAUCUUUGAAUCAUUUAGCUUCUGUUAGGAAAAUGCGUGUCAUCUUUCAGAUGUGGAGAAAUCACUGGUGUACAGAAGCGUGUAUUUUAAUAUAUUACAUUUUAAAAUAGUAUUUUUGGUAAUUUGUCAUGCACACAAUAGCUUGGGAGUAUUUUAUCGAGGCCCUGUAAAAACUGGCAGGUGCUAGGACCUAAUGGAAGUCAGGCAUUCAGCAGGAGGGGCGUGGCGCCCUGUUAGCAGGUACAGAAAAGCCAGUUCUUCCACCUGUAAGCUAAUGAGACUCCAUUUCAGCUCUCUCCACACCAUCUCCAAGAUAUCAGUCGCUUUACACUCACUUGUUAAACCAAAAGCAUGUUUCUGGCAAAGGCUUUAUUGGAAGGGGCCGAUCGAGGUCUUGGGGAAGCUCUUGGAGGCCUUCUUGGAGGAGGUGGUCAGAGAAGAGGAGGAGGAGGAGGAAGAAAUAUUGGCGGGAUAGUCGGAGGGAUUGUAAAUUUCAUCAGCGAGGCUGCCGCAGCUCAGUACACCCCAGAGCCCCCUCCCACCCAACAGCAUUUCACCAACGUGGAAGCCAACGAAAGCGAGGAGGUCCGUCGGUUUCGGCAACAGUUUGCACAGCUGGCGGGGCCAGACAUGGAGGUGGGUGCCACCGACCUCAUGAAUAUUCUCAACAAGGUCCUUUCUAAGCACAAGGAUCUGAAGACGGACGGCUUUAGUCUCGACACCUGCCGGAGCAUUGUGUCUGUGAUGGACAGCGACGCGACCGGCAAGCUGGGCUUCGAGGAAUUUAAGUACCUCUGGAACAACAUCAGGAAGUGGCAGUGCGUUUAUAGGCAGUAUGACCGGGACCGUUCUGGGGCUCUGGGAAGCUCUCAGCUGCGAGGGGCUCUCCAGGCAGCGGGGUUCCAGCUGAAUGAGCAGCUUUACCAGAUGAUCAUCCGCCGGUAUGCCGAUGAGGAUGGAAGCAUGGAUUUCAACAAUUUCAUCAGCUGCCUGGUCCGCCUGGAUGCCAUGUUCCGGGCCUUCAGGUCUCUGGAUAGAGAUGCAGAUGGUCUAGUUCAAGUGUCCAUCCAGGAAUGGCUGCAGCUGACCAUGUAUUCCUGAGGUGGGCGCCCUCCCGGAGCACAGGGACUGCCGAAAGCCUAGCCAUGCCGUCUGCACGGUGGCCGACACCUGGCCCACCAGCUGUCAUUUCCUGCAAGCUCUUAAGCCACCUUGCAUGCUUCUGAACCGGGGCUGCUCUUUGCCGCUUCA